UUUGUGCCGGACCCUGUAUUUAUUGAGCACCUAUUACGUCUGCGCAUGAUUCUAGACAGUGAAAAUGAAGUCCUGAUUAAGACCAAGUUCUCAUCAGCUCACUUACAGAAAGAAAAUAAAGAAUAAAUACAUUCAGGUUUUCAUGUCGCACUAUGCUAUACAGAAACUAAAGAAGCAUAAAGAAAUAGAUCAUGCUGCGGGGAGGAUUUGGGGGAUUUUUAUUGGGGAUUCACUUUUUCUUUGCUUUACUUGUUGGGGGGAGCUCAGAGUGAGGGUCUGUGUGUCCCCUUCUCUGACCUCCUCAACCCGUUUUCGCAGCUCAGGACUCAGAGGGCAGAGGCUUGGGAUUCAAGGGUGACUGCCGAGCCAGCCCCUUGGAAUUGGGUUGAGAGGUGGUUUAGAAACUGCAUCAGAGAAAUGAAAACAGGUACUGAGAAAGUCUGUCAUCUUCUGUGGUGUAAUAAUACCUCUCUCCGAAUUUGUUUUCCUUUUCCCACCUGGCACACGCUUACUCAAUUCCUAACUACUCACUCAACAUUUUUUUGAGCCCACUGCGUACCAGCCACUGUUCUAAGGGACUGGGACACAGAGGUAGGGCACAUUCUCGGCUCGCAGGAGUCCCUGCCAUGCAAAGCUUUCAAGCCACCAUCGCCUCAUUUCAUCUUUUCCCUCAAACAUUGUUUUUGAGAUUCAUCUAUUUUCAUUCAAGGAGCCCCAAGAGAGGGUAGAUAUGAAUAUUCCCAUUUUACAGAUGCGAAAGUCGUGACUUUUAACAGGGAAAAAUGAAUUGCUUUGCGACGACUGAUUGCCAGGACGUCACCCGGCCACGUGCAGCGUCGCAUUUCGCCCCUCGCAGUCCCACCGGCGCACGCUCCCGCCUCCGUCCCCUCCCUGCGGCGGCCGCGCCAGGUCCACGUGUGUGUGUCUGUGUGCGGAAUGGGGACGGGGGCGGUGCCGCCGAAGGGGUGGGGUCCCGGCCGACGUCACAGGCGGUGCCGCCCAAUCAGCGGCAGGCUCGCGGCCCCGGCGCUGGUAUUGGGGCAGCGAGGGGGCAGUUCUCUAUAACGCGGUCUCCGGGAGCCAGCGGGGAAGAAAGAAGCCGAGCGGGCGGAAGGCGCCUUCCCCGCCGCCUGGGCCCGGGCACCGGGUGCCGGGCGCCGAGUCCUUCCCGCUUCCCGCGGUCGCCGCUCGCUUUGUUUCCCCCGCCUCUGCGCUCCGGGCUACUCGAGAGGGGCUCCCGCCGGCUCUGCUUAGGGAACGCGGCGGCAGGAAGGGCGGCGGAACGCGCAGGGACUCGCAGGGACCCAGGAGUCCGGCCGCCGGGAGGGCCGCGUGACGAGAUCGAGGCGGGAGUCAGAGCUUCGCGGCCCACGGGUGCGGGCCGGGGGCGCCCGUGAGCGGAGACCUCCCCGUCGAGGGGGGGCGAUGUUCCCCUCGUCCGUGGGUUCUUCGGGCAGCCAGGGCAUCCCGCCGCUGGGACCAGGGCCCCCUCGGUGGGCACCCCCCUAGGAGGUUCCAUGGAGACUCUGUGCCCCGCUCCCCGCCUUGCAGUGCCGGCGUCCCCGCGAGGGUCGCCCUGCUCCCCCACACCUAGGAAGCCGCGUCUGGGGACCCAGGAGUUCUCUCCGCUGUGCCUGCGUGCCCUUGCCUUUUGCGCCCUUGCCAAACCCCGGGCGUCCUCUUUGGGCCUGGGGCCUGGGGAGCCGGCGCCGCGGGCUCCGUUGCUGCUCGGCCCUCGCGCCUCCCUGUGCACCGGCGGCUGGGCCCCGGAUGGCCUGAAACACCUCGCGGGACAGGCCGGGCGGUCCAGCGUUCCGAGCUCCCCGGCCCGCCAGGAUGCCGACGCCGCAGUGUGCCGGGGCCGCGGUGAAGAGGAAGAGGGCGGAGGCAGUUUCCCGCACUUGGGCGCUCGCUCCCGCGGACCUCCCGGCCGCUGCCCGGCGCCCCGGAGCCCUCGGGAAUCUCUGACCAGCUCCGCCUCGGCUCCGCCUCGGCCAGCCCCGGGUCUUGAUUCUCAGCUUGGUCCCGCCGCCGCCAGCCCACACCGGGAGCCCGAUUCCCGGCCUUCUCCGCCACCUGCGAGCUUCUCCAUCGAGCCCACGGGGCCUGGGACCGUGCCGGAGCCGUCUCUGCCGGGCCAGACGGCUGCAGUCGAUGGAGCCCCCACGCAGGCCGCCCCCGAGGCACCCGCCGCCGGCCCCUCGACGGCCAGCGGAGCUCCGACCGCGCCCGGCAAUCUCCGCCAGGAACAUUUCGAUCGUCUGAUCCGCCGGUCGAAACUUUGGUGUUACGCGAAGGGCUUCGCCCUCGACACUCCGAGUUUGCGCAGGGGGUCCGAACGGCCGCCCGCAAAAGGGCCCUCCCGGGGAGCAGCCAAGAAACGCCGACGGCCGGCGCCCCCCCAGCGCAACGUGCAGCUCCGCCGCCCUGCACCGACGCUUCCCACCACAAGCACCUUCAGCCUCCUCGACUGUUUCCCCUGCCCCCCGGCCCUGGUCGUGGGCGAGGACGGAGAUUUAGGGCCAGCAUCCUCGCUUCGCCUCCAGGGAGGCGCUAAGCCCCCUCCUGCCCACCCCCUGUGGAGGUGGCAAAUUGGGGGUCCCGCUGUCCCUGAGCCCCCUGGCGUCAAAUUCUGGGGGAUCAACCUGGAGGAACUCUGAGCGUGAUAACCUCUUCUGCCAAGAGGGAAAAGUUGGGGUCACAGCCCAACUGCUGGCUGGUUUCUCCCAUUUGCCUGACCUGUUUAUGUUUUAUGGGCUGUGGACAGAGGGACCUCCAGUGACAGUGAUCUUCAAACACCUAACUGGUUGGGGUGACACCCCCUCCCCCUCAUCCUUUCGAGACCAACCGAGGGCUGCAGUCAGGAGAAGGUUUAACGGAAAAGGACCCAAUGACACAGAUCCAGCCCCUCCCCUCUGCCUUCUCGGAUCGCUGGGGGCAGUGCCUUCACCCCAGGGGGAGUAAAGGAGGUUGCUGCUGGAAGACAAGGCAGAAAAAAAAAAAAAAAUGGAGAGAGACCUUGGUGAUGGACAAACCGGUUGUUUCUGUGGGCGAGCCCGGGGACGAGGGGGUUGUGGUGGGGGUGGGGAGGUGAUUGGCAGCUCCCUGGGGGCAUCCCCCACCCCCACCAUCUAGGCCUUUAACCCUUCCCUCCCCUCAGGCCUUCCCCUGCACUCCAAGCACUACGGAGCCUUCAUGGGGGAUGGGGCAGCUUGAGCAAGGGGACUAUCACCCCCUUCCUAGGGGCCUCCAAGAACCCUGAUUGGCGAGAUCUUCAGUCUCAGCCACCAGCUUUUCCCUUUUGUCCAGUUUUGGAGUUUCCUUCUUCAGUUUUCCUGUUUGCUUUCAGUUUAUAAGGUCUGGUGGGUAAAAGAGGACGCCCCUCGAUAAACGCACCCCUCCCCCAGUUUACUUCUCGUAGGAGGAGGGGCAGGGCGGAGGGAACUCCUCCUCUUCUAAAGUGCAGGCUUUGCCUGGGGAAGGGGCCGGAGACCGUCCCAGGGAAAGUAAUGGAAGGUGGAAGAAAUCAACAAAACCAGACCAAACAAGCUGCCUUUCGAGGUCCUCUCCAGCAUUUAUGGACGUAGAGGCGAGGCUUGGGUCCAUUUUUGGACACCAAACUCAGCCCCCUUAACGGGUAGGCACAAGACAAGCUGCUUUUGGGGGGAGGGGGUUAAAUGUAAGGGCUCCGGGUCUGACCCAAGGUCCCGUGAGGUCUGAAGGGGAAAAGUUUGGGUUUGGAUGGGAGCUGGGCUGAGGUACCGUCAACUUCCCUCUGUUACUCAAGGCAUUUUGGGAGUUGUCAGGGCCCUGAUGGAUCCCAAGGGGGCAGGGCCUGGGGAUUAGUUUGGAGGUCAGAGGUUCUGUUUUCCCGGAGGGGUUGGGGGAGAGCUGGGCCUGGACCACGCCCUCAGGGUGGGAGGAUCCCCUAGAGUCAGGGAGGGGUGGAGUCGAUUUCUCCGCCACCCAGGUGAGGUCAGGGGAGGUUAGCUCUUGGGGACAUUCCAAGUUUAGGUGUGAGGGGGACCUGGGGGAGGAGCAUCUGCCCAAGAACAUAGGGACCCAGUGACCCUUCUGACCACACCAGUGAAUAAUGCCCCUCUUUCCCCCAAAACAGGGUGAGGGAGAAACAAUUCCCACAUGCGACGCUGGGGAAGGACUUGUCUCCUUUUCUGUGAAAAUGCUUUGUAAAAAGUUAUUGUUUGCACAGAGCAGAUUCUUGUGAAAAACUGUUUAGAACCACAAACAUUUUUGUUCGUUUUAAAA